AUGGCUCUUCAUAUUUCUUCACACUGUCCUGUAGUGAUGCUGAACGGCAAAAGUCGAACUUUAUUUUUUUCUUUUAUACUUUUGGUGCUGGGCUGCUUUAUUGGGAAGGUUUCAGCCCAGGAAACUGUUGAUGAAAUCAUCAGUGCGGCAGCCAAUUCCAGUGAGGUAUUUAACUUUUUGAACGAUGGUGAAGAUUUCGUCAUCAGAACAGAGCUUGAUAUGCUCUUUACAAGAGAACAAUGGAGCGAAAUGAUCCAGCUAAAUAACACCGUUUCAAGGAAGAAAAGGAAAGCGAUCAAACGCAGAAAUUACAGAUGGACGAACAGAGUUGUUCCCUAUGAAAUAUAUGGAUCCUUUUCGCAGUAUGAAAGGAAUCAAGUGAAAAUGGCAAUCAAUGAAUGGAACCAUUACACCUGUCUUCGAUUUCGGCCGGCUUCAGCUAGUGACAGGAACCGGAUAAGGAUGCAAAAUGGAGGCGGAUGUUCCUCGUACGUUGGAAUGCGAGGGGGCGUUCAAGUUGUAUCACUGGCACGAAACUGUCGAGUGAAAAAGAUUAUUGUUCAUGAACUAGGACACGCAAUUGGUUUUCAACAUGAACAGACACGUCCUGACAGGGACAGUUAUGUGUACAUAUUGCGACAAAACAUUCCUAGUAGCAUGUACUACAAUUUUCAAAGAUACACAACCGGGUAUGUCGAUGAUUACCGCGUUCCAUAUGACUACACCAGCGUUAUGCAUUAUGGAGCAUAUGCUUUCUCCCACAAUGGACAACGGACUAUUCAGACCAAAAAUUCUAAGUAUCAGAGUAUCAUUGGCAAGGCUCCUGGACUUAGCUUCCGUGACAUUAAACUCGCUAAUCUAAUGUACCAGUGCGGAAGUCAUUGUAAAGGAAAAUCAUGUCCUGGCCAGGGUUAUUUAGACAAGAAUUGCCAGUGCAUUUGUCCCGGUUCGAACGCCUAUCAACCUACCCAAAAAUGCUCCGGUGGAGGCGGCGGAGGCGGCGGAAAUAAAGACUGCGUCGACACGAAUGAGAAAUGCAAAUACUGGGCUUCAAAUGGCGAAUGUCAAAAGAACCCGGAUUACAUGCUGGUCAACUGCAAAAAAUCUUGCAAAAAAUGUGGUGGUGGUGGUGAUGAAAACAAGGGAGUUCUUUUUUGUCCUUCUCUCUCUCUCUCUCUCUCUCUCUUUCUCCCUCUUGUUUUCUCUACGCUUUACUCUUACUUUCGUGUUCUCUCCCAUUUCUCUCUCUUACCCAUUUUUCUCACUCUCUCUCUCUGGUUAUCUCUCUCAUUCUAUCCUUCUCUCUCACGUUUAGUUUCUCUCUCCUUCUCCCUCUUUCUCUAUCCUUUAGUUGUCCUUUUCUUUCUCACUUUCUCUCUCUCUCUUUCUCUCUCUCUUUCUCUCUCUCUCUCUCUCUCUUGUUUUCUCUCAUUUUUCUCUAUUAUACUUUUUUCUCCCUUUCGUUUUCUUCUCUCUCUCUCUCUCUUUCUCUCUCUUUCUCUCUUGUUUUUCCCUCUAAUUCAAGCAUCUUCGUUAGAGAACCAGAGUAGUGUAGAGGCUAUUACAAAUAACACAUUCAGCAAACCGGAUUGUGUUGACAAACAUGAGAAGUGUGCUGUAUGGGCAAAGAGCGGCGAAUGCAGCAAAAACCCAGAAUAUAUGCACGUAAACUGCAAAAAAUCGUGCAAGAAAUGCAAAGAGAUCAAUUGUAUUGACAAAAAUAAACAUUGCGCGACUUGGGCUUCAAAUGGCGAAUGUACAAAGAACCCCGGUUAUAUGAUACCCAACUGUCAGAAAUCUUGUAAAAAAUGUUCCAGUUCAGGAGAAGGAACUGAAGUCCUUCCAAAAGAAUUGCAAUGCACUGACGAGAAUAAACAGUGUUCUUCCUGGGCACUUUUGGGAGAAUGUCAACGGAAUCCAAACUACAUGUUACAGUAUUGUAAAAAGUCCUGUCAGUACUGCGUCAGUAAAGAUGAAUCAGAAUGCAAUAACUUUAAUGCCUUAUGUCCAAUUUGGGCAUCACGCGGAGAGUGUACGGCGAAUCCAGCAUAUAUGGUUGCCAGCUGCCGUAAAUCUUGCAAAUUGUGCCAUUCUCAUCUUGCAGCCAGAGACAUACAUCUUGUGAUGCAUGUAGCUAAUUUGAAGGCUGGGAAAACAUUAUGUGAUGCUGUGACUCCUGAGGGUUGA